GGUCUCAUCCAGUGAUCGCAUUUGUAAUGCCCCCUCACCAACCACCGCAAUGACGAGAUAAAUACCGGUCAGAUCUCGCGAUCGAGCCCGCCGGUUUAAUACAUCAGUUUAUCAGACAAACCAGACCCACUUUGAAUUGAUUCCCCAAAGCCAACCACCAUGACCACCACCACAGCCCCAGUUGUCUUCAUUCUCGGUGCCGGCCGCAACAUCGGCCAGCACACAGCCCAGCACUUCGCAGCGAAGGGCUACCGAGUCGCCCUCACAGCUCGAAACGUCAACCCCGAUGACAGCACCGAGACCCAGCUACAUAUCCAAUGCGACCUCGCCGACCCCCAGGCCGUCCAUGACGUCUUCUCGCGCGUGAAGACCACCCUGGGAGUUCCGAGCGUGGUCAUCUACAAUGCCUACGGCUUAACCCCAACCGACGCCGACGACGUUUUCAAGAUCACGACCGAGCAAUUCGCCCGUGAUCUGAACGUCAACACCACCAGUGUUUUUGUCGCCGCCAAGCUAGCUGUCGAGGGAUUCGAGACCCUGCCUGCCUCCGCAGCACGGACGUUCCUGUACACGGGGAACGCACUGAACACGGUUGCCGUACCUCCGCUCUUCACGUUGGGGGUGGGGAAGACGGCCACCGCGCACAUGAUCGAGUGUGCGGCAAUCGCGUACCGGGAGAAGGGAUACAAGUUCUACUUCGUCGACGAGCGGAGAGCGGACGGGUCAUCUUCAGGCGACAUCGACGGCGCGGCCCACGCGCAGCUCUUCGCGGAGCUGGCCGAGAACAAGGAGCAACAACCGUGGCAGCAGACCUUCGUCAAGGGCGAGGGGUACAAGGUGUUUGGCAAAGGGUUUCUGGGCAACUAACUGACUUGGAUGGCUAUCAGUUCCAUUCGUAGUACCAUUCUAUCUCGU